AUGGCCAAAAUAGCAGGUAUACAACAUCAAAACCUUGGUCCUGUAGAACACCAUAUCAUGACUGCAGUGAUCCAAAUGAAGGCCGAUGCUCUCUAUCUGCUGCAAAAGUAUGAUGCAGCAAUUCAGCUUUGUGACCAGAGUCUGAAUCUUGCAGAAAAGAAUUUUGUCUUGGCAAACAGUGUGAACAAUUCCAUGCAUAAUAGUUACUCAAGUGUAAAAAUGUGGAGAUGGUCAUUUAUAUCUAAGUGUUACUUUCGUUUGGGGAAGCUUGAUGCAUCACUUAAUGUUAUUGAAAAAUUACAGCAAAUAGCAUCUGCCAAUGACAAGUGUGGGAUUGAUAACAUUGAAGAGUUGCUGUCAUUAGCUGCUACAAUACAAGAACUUCUAUAUCACAGGAAAGCAGGAAAUGAGAACUUCAAAAUGGGAAAGUAUACAGAAGAGGUGGAGAACUACACUGCUGCUUUAUCUAGUUAUAUCAAAUCACGCCCUUUUGCAGCAAUAUGUUUUGGCAACCGUGCUGCUGCACAUCAAGCUUCAGGCCAAAUUGCUGAUGCCAUUGCGGACUGCAGCAUGGCUAUGGCCCUUGAUGGAAAUUAUGCAAAGGCAAUUUCUAGAAGAGCCACCUUGCAUGAGAUGGUUAGAGAUUAUGAACAAGCAGCUUGUGACAUCCGGAGACUUAUUCUUGUUCUUGGAUCUCAAUCCAAUGAAGAGGCCAAACAUUUUGAAUCUCCAAAUGGAUCAACUGGUGGCAAAGAACCAAGGCAAGCUCAACAACGUCUGCUUGCUGUGGAAGGUCAAGCCAAAAUGAGGACCCCCUUGGACUUUUAUCUCAUUUUAGGUAUUAAACCAGCUGAUACAGCAGCUGAUAUCAAGAAGGCAUAUCACAAGGCAGCUCUUAGACGUCAUCCUGACAAGGCUGGUCAGUUGUUGGCAAGAAGUGAAGUUGGGGAUGAAGGUCUUUUCUGGAAAUUUGUCUAUAAAUUGACCUAUCAGCCAACCAAUUGA